CGGGUGGCACCCGGAAAAGCUAAAGGGCUCUUUGCAAGGCAGUGUGGCUGGAGGAAGUAAAGGACCGACCGGCGAGGCCCUCCCGCGCUCGCGCACCCCGAAAUGGCUCGGAGGCAGGACGAGCAGAGAGGGGGCGCGCCCUUGAUGGCGGAAGGCAAGUCGGAAGCAGAGGUUAAGCUCAUUCUGUACCACUGGACGCAUUCCUUCAGCUCUCAAAAGGUGCGCUUGGUAAUUGCUGAAAAGGCAUUGAAGUGCGAGGAACAUGAUGUAAGUCUGCCCUUGAGUGAGCACAAUGAACCUUGGUUUAUGCGUUUGAACUCAACUGGAGAAGUGCCCGUCCUUAUCCACGGGGAAAACAUUAUUUGUGAGGCCACUCAGAUCAUUGAUUAUCUUGAACAGACUUUCCUGGAUGAAAAAACACCCAGAUUAAUGCCCGAUAAAGGAAGCAUGUAUUACCCACGGGUCCAGCAUUAUCGAGAACUACUUGACUCUUUGCCCAUGGAUGCCUAUACACACGGCUGCAUUUUACAUCCUGAGCUAACCGUGGACUCCAUGAUCCCAGCUUAUGCAACAACAAGGAUUCGCAGCCAAAUUGGUAACACGGAGUCUGAACUGAAAAAGCUUGCUGAAGAAAACCCGGAUUUACAAGAGGCGUACAUUGCAAAACAGAAGCGACUUAAAUCAAAGCUCCUUGACCAUGACAAUGUCAAAUAUUUGAAGAAAAUUCUUGAUGAAUUGGAGAAAGUCUUGGAUCAGGUUGAAACUGAGUUGCAAAGAAGAAAUGAAGAAACCCCAGAAGAAGGCCGCCAGCCGUGGCUCUGCGGGGAAUCCUUCACCCUGGCAGACGUAUCGCUUGCUGUUACACUGCAUCGACUGAAGUUCCUGGGGUUUGCGAGGAGAAACUGGGGAAAUGGAAAGCGACCCAACUUGGAAACCUAUUACGAGCGUGUCUUGAAGAGGAAAACAUUUAACAAGGUUUUGGGACAUGUCAACAAUAUAUUAAUCUCUGCGGUGCUGCCAACUGCAUUCCGAGUGGCCAAGAAAAGGGCCCCAAAGGUUCUUGGCACCACCCUUGUGGUUGGUUUGCUUGCAGGAAUGGGAUAUUUUGCUUUUAUGCUUUUCAGAAAGAGACUUGGCAGCAUGAUAUUAGCGCUUAGACCCAGACCAAAUUACUUCUAGGUGGGUGGGAUCUAGUGGUGGCCAUUAAUCCAGCCAUUCAGCUAGACCCUUCUCCACUCUUUCAGGUCCAGGGAAGAAUGACCCUGGGAAACUAGUAAAAAACAUAAUUGACUUUACUCUUUGGCUAGCUUAUGUGAGGAAAGGAGGUAAUAAAGAUAUUUUUGUGCGCUGGUAACUCUGACAGGACUUAUUUGCAAACCUGAACUAAUUCAUCCUUAAAACAUGCACAAAGUCAAGAUAGGUGAAUACCGACAGGUAGAGGAAAGACCUUUAACUCAAAAUUCCAGUUCAAGUUCUGGGUUAUUUGGGGGGAGAACAUUAUUAUUAUGAGCAGACAGUAAUGAUAACCUAUAAUCGCCCAUAACUCUUCAUCUGAUACUAUCUGGGUGUGUUGAGUGGUGAAUAGUGAGCAGUAUUUUCUCCUAGAAUUCAGAAAUCAUCUUUGUUACUCAGCCCAGGUGUUCAGACAGCAGAAGGGCACGGCAGUGCUUCAUACUCUCACUGUCAGCUUAGGCUGAAAUAAGGGAGGUGGAGGGACAAAGGAGGGGGAAAGGGAGGACGAAGUCUAUGUAAUGAUGGCAAUGGAAUGCAGCCUCCAUGUGCCCCCAAUGCAUUCAUGGCUGCCUGUCCACUUAGUAUAACAUUACAUUUGACUACUGUGGCUACAGCCCAUGCAUCCUCGUGUAACUGAGGACCUUGGAAAAAGAGGACUGGAGAGUCACUGGGGGGAGUUGGCUGGAGAAAACUCUGGGCUUUAAACUUACAGCACCUCACCUUAGUGUUAAUUUUAAAUGCACAUAAAUCACAGUCAUUAGUUUAAUAAAAUUAACUGCUUAUCUAUUUGGGCAAAAGAUACCUACCGGAACAUGUCUUGAUUAGCAUUUACAUGAAAAUCUUAAAUGGCAUUAAAAUUUCUUCUUGGUUCCCCGAUUGGAAGGUACCUAUGAGAUGUCCCUCCCAUGGACUGUUGCAAACGGUCACUGGAAGCCUGGGCCUCUUCAGCCCUUGUGUGCACACAAGUGGCAUUAGCUGAAUGUCCUAGGUAGUCACUGACAUGGCAUGUGGCUGGGGAGGGGAUAGUUUGAUGAUCUGGGAGUGAUAAGCAGGCUUAUUCUUCAUUUGGAGAGGCUGGUGGUAUGUUAACACAAAAACUGUUGUCUAAGCCUUGCAUCUAUUUAUUGUCUUUAACAGAGCCUUAAAAGGUUACAGGGAGGGAGAAAGUCUAGUCUUGGUCCUUGGCAAUGAAAUACAGGGAGAUGAAAUAAGUCAAUAGAUAAUGAUUCCACCUACAUUCAUUCAUGUAUGUUUUGGCACUGUGGGGGGUGCCUCAAUCCAUCUGGAAGGGAUAAUUCCAGUAUGUCCCGUGAACAGCAAUGGGGUAUGUGCUCAGGAAAAAUCUUUCCUGGUGACGGCAAGGUGGGGUUUCCCUGGAGUUGGCCAGAAAGACAUGGGGAGCAGUGUUAGGUCUGACGGGAAGUAUGCGUAGUGAGCAGAGCUAAGGUUCCAGCAAGCAGCAAAAGCCUGCUUGGACUGCCUCAGAUUGACUGUGCAAGUGGCUAAAGCAUGUACUGACUUCUUCACUAAUAGGAAACAGUCCUACUUACUAAACUAUGACUUUGAUGGUAAAGUGAUUCUCAUGAAUCAGUUGUUUCAGAAAAUCUUGAUGAACUGGAUAUUCCCUAUUGACAAAAAAUUAAUAAAAUGUUCAGUGUAAACUCUAUCCAUCAAGAAUUAACAGGCUGGCAGCUUUUAUAAUGUCUUGAUUUUGAGCCGUAGUGCACUGUUGUAUAGAGUGUUUAAAUUUGUUGCUGGGACAUUCCAAUCCAUGUAUUCAUAAAAGAGCCACAAAGCUGGUCAUUCAGUAGUUCAGAGGGUUUCAGAGUUCUUUAUGUCAUCCUGCAAGAAGCAAGAACUCAGACAUGAAGAAAUCAAAAGUGGAUUUUUAUAAAAAUCUACAAAGGCGAAGGAUUGUUGGUUAAGAACAGAUUUAAAGGUUACUGCUGGCUUUGCCUUACAAUUUAUAUUAUUACUGAUCAAUAGAAAAGUUAAUGAAAGUAUUUGUGAUUUUCAGAUUCAGUUUCAUUGGAAAUAGGCUUCUGUCACAUUUAAAGGGAAUGCAUUUGUGGCGAUUUCUUCAUGGAUGCCCUUAAGUUUAUACUUUUAAGAUAUUUGUUUAGGAGCAUAAUGCCCACUAGGUGUCGUUGUUCGUCCAGUAGUUUGAGAUUGGGCUUUCUCUAGGUUCAGCGAGCCUUCUGAAUGUUUCAAGGGAAGAUAAACAUUAAUGACCUUAGUUUCUGAGAUGAGGGCAUCUUCAUCAGAUCAUUCAUCUGUAAAAGAGCUUGAGGCACAUGUAGUAUUGAUCUGUAAUGCUUGGAAGGGAUAACUGUACCACACAAUGUCAAGCUAAAGAGCUGAACAUAUCCUAUUAGCAAAAUAAGCACUUUUACGUAUUUUGUCUUUCAUGAUCAUUGGUAGACUGGCCAGUGUGCUCAAUUUAAUUUUCAAAAUUUGUAUAGAUACCACAAUUAGAAAAAUGCCUGAGGUACUACAUUUACGUUGGCUAUUUAUGUCUUAACACAAAUACUACUUUAUUGUUAUUGCUGUUAUAUGCCUUUUGGAUCCACUUUCCCUAAUUGCAGAUAGUUGUAAAUUGCUUGCUCGAUUUUUAGUAACUAUUGAUAUUGACACCAGAGCUGUAGAUUUUUUGGUGUUGUUGAAUGUAAUAGAGAUCAAGAUACUAUUCUGCCUGUAAGAUCAAUAAAGUUAAUUGGAAAAUAAACAUGUAUACUGAAAGUA